AUGGGAUCCUCACUCUCACUGGGGGUCCAUUUUGCAAAUAUGUACAUGGCCGCCGUCGAAGAAAGGACAUUUAGAGAACAUCAAAAACCUAGGAUCUAUGGGCGGUACAUCGACGAUAUAUUCGUCAUGAUAAAAGAACCUGAUGAUGCCAGAAAACUAGCAGAUGCUCUGAAAAGAAACUCGGUGGGCAACUUCACCACAGAGCACAGCCAGCAGAAGACUUUGCCUUUUCUUGAUGUACCGGAAAAACAACAAGAAGGACAGUUUAAGAUGAUCGUUUAUACGAAAGCAACCAGCGCUGAAAACUUCGAAGCUGGUGUUGGAUUACACCAGGGGUCAGCUUUAAGCCCAUUUUUGUUUGUGCUGGUCAUGGGUGUGUUGAGUGAAGAGAUCAGGGAUGAAGAGCUAUGGGAGUUGUAUGCCGAUGAGCUGGUGAUUACUGCUGGAAAUGAGGAGGACGUAUAG